AUGUUCAGUCUACGAGCACUUAGCGGCGUUGUAACCCGGUCCCUUGUACGCGCACCACAUCGACGAACCAUGUCCCACGCAGCCAGACUCUUGCCCCACCGAGUCCCCCAGAAAAAGGGCCCCGAGAGAGACCCUUCCACUCUGUCCAACUACGAACACUUCAAGCCGACAAACACCACCGUCUGCCUCAAGGUCGACUGGACGGACCAGAAGCUCGCAGGAUCGGUCACCUACGACCUGACGGUGGAAAACAGCCCCAAAAACCUCGUUCUGGACACCUCCUACCUCGACAUCCAGGAGGUCCAAGUCAACGGACACAAAGCCGACUUCUCCAUCGGUGAGCGACACAACAUUUUUGGAUCACCCUUGACCAUCACUUUGCCCCCCAACUCUGGCGACAAGCUCCAGGUCAAGAUCGCUUACUCCACCACCCCCUCCUGCACUGCUCUCCAAUGGCUGACUCCCGAACAGACUGCCGGAAAGAAGGCGCCUUACUUCUUCUCCCAGUGCCAGGCCAUCCACGCCCGAUCCGUCAUGCCCGCCUUCGAUACACCCUCCGUCAAGUCCACCUUCGAUAUCGAGAUUGAGUCCGACCACCCCGUUGUCGCCUCUGGUCUGCCCAUCAAGUCCAGUAACGACACCGGCAAGUUUGUGUUCCGGCAAAAGGUGCCUAUCCCGGCCUACCUGUUUGCUCUGGCCGGAGGAGACCUCGAUUCUGCCCCCAUUGGCCCCAGAUCCGACGUCUACUCCGAGCCCUGUGACCUCCACAAGUGCCAGUAUGAGUUUGAGGCCGACACCGAAAAGUUCAUCAACGCAGCAGAGAACAUUGUCUUCCCCUACGAGUGGGAGAAGUACGAUGUGCUGGUGCUGCCUCCCUCGUUCCCAUACGGAGGAAUGGAAAACCCUAACAUCACCUUUGCCACUCCUACCCUGGUUUCUGGAGACCGACAGAAUGUUGAUGUGAUUGCACACGAACUGGCCCACUCGUGGAGUGGUAACCUGGUCACCAACUGCUCCUGGGAACAUUUCUGGCUCAACGAGGGCUGGACCGUGUAUCUUGAGCGACGAAUCGUUGGUGCUCUAGAGGGUGAGCAGCAGCGACACUUCUCUGCCAUCAUCGGAUGGAACGCUCUGGAGGAGAGUGUCAAACUCAUGUCCCGAGACCCCGUCCAGGAGUCGUACACCCAACUGGUCGUUGAUCUCAAACCCAACGGGGGUGCUGACCCUGAUGAUGCCUUCUCCUCUGUGCCCUACGAGAAGGGAUCCACAUUCCUCUUCUUUUUGGAGACCGAGAUUGGCCAGGCCAAGUUCGAUCCCUUUGUCAAGCACUACUUUAAGCACUUCCGAUACAAGUCCCUGGAUACCUACCAGUUCAUUGAUUGCCUGUUUGAUUUCUAUGCCAACGACAAGGAGGUGACCGACAAGUUGAACGCCAUUGACUGGGAGAAGACUCUGUUUGCCCCCGGACUCCCCAACAAGCCCAAGUUCGAUACUACUCUGGCUGAUGAGUGUUACAGCCUUGCUUCCCGAUGGAAGGACGCCUCCGAUGCCUCUGCCUUCUCUGCCAAGGACAUUGCCUCUUUCAACUCCUCUCAGAUGGUGGUCUUCCUCAUCACUCUGAGCGAGUACGAGGGCAAGGACGGAUUCUCCUGGGCCAACAAGAAGGAACUCAUUUCCAAUAUGGGCGACAUUUACUCGCUGGCCAACUCCUCCAACCCCGAGGUGAUUGCCAAGUGGUACUCCAUUGCCAUCCUGGCCAAGGUGGAGUCCGAGUACCCCAAGCUGGCCGACUGGCUGGCCACCGUGGGUCGAAUGAAGUUUGUUCGACCCGGCUACCGAGCUCUCAACUCGGUUGACCCCAAGCUCGCCAAGGAGACCUUCGAGAAGAACAAGGACUUCUACCAUCCCAUUUGCCGGGACAUGGUUUCCAAGGAUCUCCAGUAG